CCAACUUCAUCAUCAUCAUCGAGCUUGCUCGACCCAUCGCACCACCUCACCACCGCACCACACUCCACACCCCCGCCUCAACAACCGCCGGAGACGGGACUGCGGCCUACCUACACACUAAAGUACUUCUCUAACAAUACCGAUAACAACAGCGAUACUCUCAAAGCCACUCAAUUCUCCAUAACGAAUAUACACCACCCCUCAUUGCCAAGUGUAGUCUCCGUUCGCUCGCUCUCCUCGGUCCCACCAUCACCCACCACCACCCCCGCAGCCAUGCUUUCCCGAAGCCGAGCGCUCGCCAGGGCAUCGUCCCGGGCGAUAUCCACCAGCACCGUCGCCGCCUCGAUAAGACCUCGCAUACUUCCGCACCGGCUGGCGCCCGCAUGGACAACGUCGGGGCCACUGUCAGCGACCUCACGACUGACCAUCGACCGGCGAUUCUACUCGAAGAAGAGCACGAAUGCGCCAAAAUCCAAGAAGAUCCUGCCGCCCCCGGAGGAGCUUCCUCCGCCGUACGAGGACUUCAAGCCGGUGCCGUACGAGCAGCUCAACCCGGUCAUGCAGAAAUGGGUCGACCAUCUCUUCUCGCUCGAUAAGAAUACCGACCCCUACGAGAAGCGUUGGAACAGCAUGUCGGAUUUCGAUAAGGAGGCUAUGGCGCAGUCCAUGAUGCAGAUUGCGAAGUUGCACCGGCUGGGUCGCGAUAUUCCGAGUGCUCUACGGGGAUGGGUGAACGGAAUUUUGGGCGGGGGACCUGGUGCGGCGGCUGAGGAUGGAGCGACGAAGGCCAGCGCCAAGGGAGACAAAGAGGGCGGCGAACAUAAGCAAGGGCAGCGGAAGGAGGGCAGCCAGCAGCAGAAGCAGGGUGACGGAGGAGGAAUGCCGACCACUCCCAGGGUGGAUAUUACGACUGCCAUUCUGGCUACGUUCGCCACUUGGCUGGUCGUCAGGUUUAUCUCCCCCGGAGAGCAAUCCCGCGAGAUCACUUGGCAGGAGUUCAGGAACACUUUCCUAGACAAAGGUUUGGUUGAGAGGUUGGUCGUGAUCAACCGGAACCGUGUCAAGGUCCACCUCUACGGAGAUGCUACGGCCACCGCAUAUCCUGACUCUCCAGCUGCAAGCGGAAACUUCUUUUACUACUUCAGUGUUGGCUCUGUUGAGGCUUUCGAGCGCCGCCUGGAGGAGGCUCAGCGGGAGUUGGGGAUCCCUAGCCACGAGCGUAUUCCGGUUGCCUACAAGGACGAAAUCUCUUGGACCGGAACCAUUCUGUCGUUUGCCCCGACGCUUCUUGUCAUUGGAUCAAUAAUAUUCCUCUCACGACGUGCCUCCGGUGGAGGUGGCCAGAGCGGUAUCUUCGGCAUUGGCAAGUCCAGGGCCAAGAUGUUUAACCAGGAGACCGAUAUUACCACCAAGUUCAAGGAUGUCGCCGGAAUGGACGAGGCAAAGGUUGAAAUCAUGGAGUUCGUGUCGUUCCUAAAGCAACCCGAGAAGUUCGAGAAGCUCGGAGCCAAGAUCCCACGAGGAGCAAUUCUCUCCGGCCCCCCUGGAACCGGUAAGACUCUGCUCGCUAAGGCUACAGCCGGAGAAGCUGGUGUGCCCUUCUUCUCGGUCAGCGGUUCGGAAUUCGUGGAGAUGUUCGUCGGUGUUGGUCCUUCCCGUGUGCGUGACCUGUUCGCAAAGGCCAGGAAGAAUACUCCUUGCAUCAUCUUUGUGGACGAGAUCGAUGCCAUUGGAAAGGCCCGUGCAAAGUCGAACUUCGGUGGAGGAAAUGACGAGCGUGAGAGCACGCUCAACCAGCUUCUUACCGAGAUGGAUGGUUUCAACACCCAGGACCAGGUGGUUGUGCUUGCCGGUACCAACCGUGCGGAUGUCCUUGAUAAGGCGUUGAUGCGACCCGGUCGUUUCGACAGACACAUCGUGAUCGAUAGGCCGACCAUGGAUGGCAGGAAGCAAAUCUUCUUGGUCCAUCUGGCCAAGGUCACGACGUUUGAGGAAAUGGACUACCUGAGUGGAAGGCUUGCUGCGUUGACUCCUGGAUUCGCCGGUGCUGAUAUCGCCAACUGUGUGAACGAGGCUGCUCUUAUCGCUGCCCGUCAGAGCGCCGAGUCGGUCAAGAUGACGCACUUCGAGCAGGCCAUUGAGCGUGUCAUUGGUGGUCUGGAGAAGAAGUCUCUAGUCCUUUCUCCAGACGAGAAGCGGACCGUCGCAUACCAUGAGGCCGGCCACGCCAUCUGCGGUUGGUACCUCCGGUACGCGGACCCUCUUUUGAAGGUUUCCAUCAUUCCGCGUGGAUCCGGUGCUCUUGGAUACGCCCAGUACCUUCCUUCCGGCGAGCAGUACCUGAUGUCUGUCAACCAACUGAUGGACCGCAUGGCGAUGACGCUUGGAGGUCGUGUAUCGGAGGAGCUUCACUUUGACACGGUCACCAGCGGGGCUUCCGACGAUUUCAACAAAGUCACUAGAUUGGCAACGGCUAUGGUUACCAAGUGGGGUAUGAGCCAGGAAGUUGGAUAUCUCCACUUCGAGGACGACGAGCAGAAACUUACCAAGCCUUUCUCGGAGGCUACCGCCCAAAAGAUCGACUCCGAGGUCAAGAGGAUUGUCCAAGACGCGUACGAGAAGUGCAAGGCCCUCUUGACGGAGAAGAAGAGUGAAAUCGGACUUAUUGCCGAGGAGCUGCUGUCGAAGGAGGUUCUGUCUAGAGACGAUAUGAUCCGGUUGUUGGGAAAGAGGCCAUUUGCGGACAGGGACGAGUUCGAGAAGUUCUUUGCUCCGCGGGGAGAGACAUCAGCGCCUCCUCCAUUCCCCACCGACAUCCCACCAACCGAGACCGACACGCCGCCCACUCCGACUUCGUAGACUCAUGCGAACUCGUCAUCUAGGAGAGAGGACUUUUUCAAUUGGAGGGUAGUUGUACCAAAUCUGUCAAUUUCGAAAUGGAUUGAAUUGAGCCGCGUCAUGUACAAGAUUAGUUGUAAAUAUACUUGCUGAGCGGAUGGAUGGGGAGUAGUAAGGUGUGGUUUUGCUUUUCAACGGUUGGACUUUUUUUUUGCUCUUUUUCGCGCGCCCACCAGUGUACUAUUAUCUUCACUCUUUCCUUCUUGUUUGCCAGCUAGGUUUACCAAAUAGAGACGAGGUCGGAGGGAGCCAUCGGAAUCUGCUGCUGCACCCGAACCAGAUAUAUAUGCUUUGCGGCCGUUCGGAACUAAUGUACACAUACACAUCUGCACCGCUACCGAGGUAAGUAGCUACACUAGAGUAGGUAUCUACGGGAACAUCGAAG